AGGUGUCUAAAACGAGGGGAACUAAUUUAGGGAGUCAAGAAAAGGUUUCUCAGAGGGAAAGAUCUGAAACAGGAGUAGGUCGCAGGGGGAGACUUUUCGGGAGAAGCAGGAGGGGUCUGUGCAAAACCGAAAGCCGGGGCGGAAAGGUGUUGGAGGCCAGGCCGGUGGGAGGGCCGCGAGGGACGGAGCUGCCGGCGGCUGCAGGGCAGGCGGGAGCGAACCGACCGUUCGGAGAGGCCCGGCGCUGCUGGGAGCCUGCGCCGACCUAGAAGACCAGGAUUGAGCGGCGGAGGUCGGAUCGGCGGUUCCUGCGCCGAGAACCGAACCGGCCACGUGGGCCCGGCCGCCCCGCCCCGCCCCGCCGCGCAGACGCUGCCGGACUCCGCAGUCGGGCCGGGAUCUCGCGCCCACCCGGGCCGCGGAGACCUCGGCUGAGCCGCCUCCGAGCCGCAGUGCCGAGUUCCCAGCGCGCGGGCCGGGCGGAACCAGAGCGGCGCGCAGCAGCGGGCGUCUCAGGCAGCCAGAUGUUUGCCAUCCAGCCAGGGCUGCCUGAGGGAGGCCAGUUUCCCGGGGGCAUGCCUCCUGGAGUGUGUCAGCCCGAACUCCAACCAGACAGCAACUCCAACUUCAUGGAGAGUGCCAAGGAUGCCAAUGAGAAUUGGCAUGGGAUGCCAGGCAAAGUGGAACCCAUCCUGAUGAGGAGCUCCUCUGACUCAUUCUCUGACAACCAAGCCUUCCAGGCCUCGGGACUCCUUGAGGGGGUGGUCCGCAGCCCCCCAGAGGGUGCAGAGAUUCCUGGUACUGAGCCUGAUAAGAAUAAUGAUGCUGUCACUGUCUGCUCCCCUCUAGAAGACAAUGGCUAUGCCAGCAGCUCCCUGAGCAUCGACAGCACUAGUAGCAGUCCUGAGCCUGCCUGCGGGUCCCCUCGAGGUCCUGGCCCUCCUUCAGAUCCUCUUCUGCCCUCAGUGGCCCAGGCUGUGCUGCAGCUGCAGGCUCAAGAGCGCUACAAAGAGCAGGAGAAAGAGAAGCACCAUGUGCACUUGGUGAUGUACCGUCGUCUGGCACUACUCCAGUGGAUCCGAAGCCUGCAGCACCAGUUGGUUGACCAGCAGGCCCGUCUGCAGGAUAGCUUUGACACCAUCCUAGAUAAUCGGAAGGAGCUUAUCCGUUGUCUCCAGCAGAGGGCACCACCAUCCAGGCCCCAAGACCAGGGCUGAGUGUGCUUCCACCAGCCAGCGUGCAAGGGUGUACAUGUGUUUCUGCAGGUGUGUGUGGUUGUGCAGAAGUAUGUACAUGAUUAUUUGUUGGUAGGAGUGUAGAUAUGCAUGAGUGUAUAACAUGUAAACAGGUAUGUGCAGGCAUAUGUGCAUGAGCUUACAUACCCUAUGUAUACAUGCAAGCUAAUUUACAUGUAUGAGUGUGUAAGAGUGAAUGUGUGUAUGUAGCAUGUGUGUAAACUUCAGUAAAUCUGGGCAUGCAUAUAUGGAUAGGUGCCCAGGAAUGUGUUUAUAUGUAUGAGGAUGUACAUGCAAAAGAUGUGUGUGCAUAUGUAUAUGUAUGAGUGUGCAGGCUUGCGUUGGGUGUAUGUGAGUGAACCUUGCGUGGUCAGGAAUAUGUUAGGGAUGCAUGUGUGCAGGUGCAGGCAUGGGUAACAUAUGAUGGGGACAUGUGUAUUUGCAGGCACUCAAAUGCACCAAGGAGGCAUCUACCCACACCUAUCAUCCAUAGUCUACCCCACCCCUUUUUCUGCCCUCUGUCCCACUGCUUUCUGGAGAGAGAGAGAGAGAUUCUACUAUCAUUUAUUGGAGGGUUGUGACCAAUCCAUUCUCCUGCAAUAUUCCAGGGCACUUUCCUUCUAUCUUCCCCUUAUUUAUCCCAGAUCUUGCCCUGCUAAGGCUGUUGUCUGUCUCUGAUGCUGGCUUUGCUAGACGUUGUUUCUUGGCUGCUCUGACCUCCCUUGCACUUGGGCUGCAAUUUUGUUAGGGCAGUAAGUGGAAAAUUGGUACCAGAGAGGGAACUGGCAGGGGGUGGCGGAGAUCAUGGCAGGGUGGGUAUGGGGACCGAGAUGGAGUUAAGAGACUCCUUUUGAACUCUGCCUUUGGUCACAUGAGAGGUGAGGAUGGGGAAGAUAAAAAUUUCAGAAACCUGUGAAGAAUAAGAGGGUGGAAAUAACCAAAAUACCAGUUUCCAAAUAAACCGUAUCUCUCAACUGGGAAAAGUUAUUGAAAACCAUGUUAAUGUAAGCUUCUGAUGAAAAGGCAUGUAACAGAUGAGGUGUUCUAGGGGCUGGGGAUUUAGCUCAGCGGCAAAAAGCGCCCGCCUGGCAAGCGCAAGGUCGUGAGUUCGGUUCCCGGUACCGGAGAAAAACCAAAAAAAAAAAAAAAAAAAAAAGAACAGAUGAGGUGUUCUAAGGCUAUUGGAGAAAAUCUCACUUUCCUCUGAGCGCUUACCCUGCCCUCCCUCUGGCUUUGGGUGUCCAGUUGGUUUGGUCCAAUGGACUUGGUCCAUUUUCUGCAGUCAAACUGUGAGGAGGAGCCGGAGCUCAGUUUCCUGGGUGGAUGAGGGCAGUGUCGGCCCAGCCUCUAGAAGCUCUUAGGCUGCUCUUCUGUCACUGCAUGGCCCUUUACACAGGAACUGACAAGAUUGACUGGCGCUCCCUGAGUUUGAGGGUAAAUGGGUCUUGAGGAGAAAUAGCAAGUAAGGUAGCAGAGCUCUGUUCUAGGAGCCGAGUGCAGGAUGCUGGAGGGCAGGCAGUGGCGUGAAGAGGGGAUGCCGUCAAGUGAAUGCAGCGUGGAAGUCACUGAUGCUGCCCUUGGCCCUCAGUCUCCUGGUCUUCUCUAUCUCUGAAGAGUUUCAUCCGUGUUGAGUGACUGGGUGAAAUGUACAGGGAAUGGAGGAAGCUUGGGCCCUGGGGACUGCUGUAUACAGCUCUUGGAUGAUGAAUGUGAACCUGGCCUCUGGACCAACUUAGAAUGAAUAAACUGAGGCAGAAUAUUAGA